ACGUCUCCGGUGAAAUUUCUGCUUUUCAUAUCAGGGCAGGUAAAUCGAUAAGAGCUCUACCUGCAUCCAAAGUUCGUAACAUUCGAUGGAAACAGAUUGAGAAGAGAGGACGCCUUUCAGCUGCAGAGUGCCGUUUUCUAGAAAAAUGGCGCAGCUUUUGUGGAUGUUCGUUUUUUUGUGCUUUGUGCAGUAUAGCAAACCUCAAGGCGCUCCGAAAGAUUCACCUGUACUUAGAGCGCCUGUAUACAUUGAUAUGAAAAAAUUUCGUUCUGAAUUGUUGUAUCCGCAUGACAGAGAUCAUCUCAUCGACACCAUAAACAGAGGUCAAGCAAUCAGGGACACUCCAUUGCCUUUCCGAUUGCCCUUCUUUGGCUUUGACUUCCGAUACAUUUGGAUACACCGUGACGGCUACCUGCUUUUCAAUAAAGGACUCCUAGAAUAUACCAGUCCUGUGAAAUUUCCAACCCCAUUCAUUCGGGAUCCUACCCGUGAAGAAGAUCCGUCAUUGAUUGCACCAUGGUUUAGUUACCAAGACAUUCCAAAUUCCAUCGAAGGAGCUGGUGUUUAUUCCCAAUUAGUCAACAUGGCUACGGAAAAGAACGAUUCCUUGAAAGAAAGACUGAGGUUGGAUUUUAGAGAUGCCAUGAUUGGGUCCGCUGACUUCGAACCAACGUAUGCCAUCAUUGUGACCUGGAGAAACGUUACUCAUGCUAAUCGUAUGCCAACUACUACCCUCAAAACGAACACUUACCAGGCUGUGAUCGCAACAGAUGAGAAAAGAACUUAUGUUAUGUUUAAUUACGAUGCUAUUAAUUGGAUAUCUGACAAGGACAAUUAUGAUGGUCAAAAAGGAAUUCCACCUUUCAUCGGUUUUAACGCUGGUAACAGAACUAGAGCCUACGAAUAUGAGCCUUACUCACAACAACCCAGGGUAAGUCGACUUCCUUCUUUGGGCUUUGGAAAUGGACUGAGAGGUAGAUUUUAUUUUCAAGUUGAUGAAGAAAUCUGGCCAGGAUGUUGUAUUGAACGUUAUCUGGAUAUUAACUGGCCAACCAGGCCAAAGCUUACAUUCUUUCCUCGAUAUGGUAGCAUGCUCGGAGGAACAACGGUUAACGUGACAGGACCUUGUUUCUUUGACCCUCGCAGUAUCAUCCGCUGCAAGUUUGACACCCUUGAAGUCGACGGUAUUUAUAGAAGUCCAAACCAUGUUUCUUGUAUAUCUCCUCCUGUUAUGUACCACGGAUACGUUGAUCUGUCAGUAUCCAUAGACCAAGGACCUUUCCUCUUCUAUGGAAAGUACUAUAUUCAGCCACCAGACAUGGUUGAAGCGGAUGUCAACGUGCUAGACGGAAAUGAUAAACGAGAGGCUCCCGAACGUUUUGUUAUACAAUGGAAACAUGAAAAAUUGACCUGGGAUACUAGAGCACCUGUUCAGGUAGCUUUAUGGGGGUACAGAGAAACCAAUGAGAACUAUCCAAAACUCACUUACAUUGAUCUUCUGACUGAUGAGACGAUCCUCGCGGGAGACAGACAGCAUUCUCUUGAUUUGGAAGUGUAUAAGAACCGUUGGAACUGGGACAAAUUGGAUAUUCAUUUUGGUUUCAUUGCUAUUAACCUAACUGAGCCUGAAAUCUUGAGAGAUGGUAGCAGGCACUCACCUGUUCUGUGGUCCGAUCCAUUGCCUUUGGGAUGGUAUUUCCGACACCAGUGGAGACGGAAAUACGGCAAAAAUUGGAAAAAAGAUAUUUGCGAAGAUUGGUAUUACCGUGAAAAAUACAGUGAUCGUUUUGCUAUCACUCUUUUUAGAUGCCCCUGCACUUUAAAACAAGCAAAGAUAGAUGCCGGGAGAUUUGCACCAGAUUUACAAUGUAACGAAAUAGACAGGAAAUGUGAGACCUUUCAUAAAGCUGCUUAUCAUUGUGUUAGGUCAGGAAGAUCUGCUGUUGGUGGGGCAGGUCAGUUGUGCUGUUAUGACGACCACGGGGAGCUUAUAAGGACAGGCGAUACAAUGUACGGUGGCAGACCAGCAAGAGCUUUCCAGUAUGGGAAGCAUCCUUUCAAGCAAAGAAUGAUGAUCCCUUCUCUGUCCUAUUGGCUUCAUGACGUCUCUCCCUACUUCUUCUGCUGUAAAUGGGCAGAUAAUGAAGACGAUGCAGAAUCUUGCGCGAUGUUUAAGUACUGGAGAACUUCCCAGGACUGUUCUCUUUACCAGCCUCCAGGUGUAGCCUCAGUGUUUGGUGACCCGCAUCUCCUCACUUUUGAUAGAGUGAAUUACACUUUCAACGGCAAAGGUGAAUUUGUUUUGACGAGAGUGAAUCACAGGAUGCACAAAUUAGAUGUGCAAGGAAGAUUUGAGCAGCCCGAACCGAAGUAUCACCAGAGUCCUCAAAUAAACGGCACACGUUUGAUGGCUGUUGCUGCUAGAGACAACGUGUCAUCAAUUGUUGAAUUCAGAGUCCGACCUGCUCCAGCUAGAUGGCAGUACCACAUGUACAUCAUUGUGGAUAAUGAAUAUGUGUAUUUCUGGGACAACAGCCUUCGUGUUCAGUUCUUUAAAGGCGUCACACUUUUCCAGCCUGCUAAUGUAUACAAUAUGUCCCACAUAGUGGCUAUGUUCGAUUCUGGAGCAGGAGUCGAAGUCAGAGUAGAGAAUGGACACAUGGCUGUUCAUGUUUAUUUACCGCUGACGUUUAUCAACAAAACUAGAGGCUUGUUAGGGAACUGGUCAAGAUUAAGAGAUGACGACUUUACAGCUCCUGAUGGUGAAGUAUACAUUACUCCUGAUGCAAGAACUUACGAUAUACAUCAUCGAUUCGGAAUGCAAUAUCGAGUGUCUGAAAUAGGGAAUGACAAAGUUGGACGUUCCCUAUUUUUUCACAAUGCAAUACCCUUUUCCCAAUAUGACAACAUGUCUUUUGUGCCAGAGUACGAAACACCUCCACCGGUACCCAGAAAUUUCAGCUACAGACCAGAUGAAAUCGAUAACAUAUGUACGACUUCGACAGCAUGCCGUUUCGAUUUCAUUGUCACGGGAGAUAGAGAAUUCGCUGUGGCCACCAGAAACCAUGAAAAUUAUGCCCAGAAAUUGUCAUCGGAUGUGAGAGAGGAAGUCAUUCGUUGUCCAGAGCUCGUCAAGCCAAGAAAUGGAAGAAAAAGUGAAAUACGUUAUUUUGUUGGAACAACUGUCAGAUUUUCCUGUGACGAUGGAUACCGUUUAGUGGGUUAUGAGAACAGAAGGUGCAGAGAAACGGGAUUGUGGAGCUGGGGUGUGGAUCCAGAGUGCAUCAGUGAAGGCGACUACGCCAGGAAAGUUGCGGGAAUAUCUUUAGGAAUCGUUCUGCCAGUCAUCAUUCUGGGAAUUUUGCUCUGCGUUUGUUUAGUUCAGAGAAUCAGGCAAAGAAAAGAACACUGGACAGGAGAAAGAGGCUUGCCUGCCAAUGCCAUUUUCGAACUAAAGCCAAAUAUAAAUCGAAAUGGAGCAGGUAAUGGAAGCAGUAAAGUUUCUGACUUUUGAACUUUAAAUAUUUUUAGUUUUAGUCAAUGAACAUUUAUUUUUCCCUAUAUUUUAAACCCGAAAUGAUAUGUAAAAAAAAAAAAAAAAAACUGUACAGUAUCAUCCUUGUCUAAUUGAUGAAAUAUUUUAGAAAAUAUAUUUUUGAAUGAUUGUACUUGGAUAAGAUUUUUUUAUUUUAAUUUUUCUUUCAGUAAAAUCUUUAAUAUAAUCACUCUAAUUUCAGCAAUGGUUUAAAAGAUAUAGCAUUUUUACAUAUUUAUCCUUUUAAAGUAAUUUUUUAGAGUUUUUCAAUGUAAUAUAUUUAUGUGAAAAAAAUUAAAUGUGUGUUCUUGUGACAUUAUAUAGAGGCUUCGACCUUAAAAUGUAAACAUAAUAUAUAUCCUUCUAUUGAAAUAAUUACUAAAUAUGAAUUUUAAUCACUGAAAUCAAAUUCCCAAGGUGUUAAAUGAGUUUAUAAAUAAUUUAAACAAAUUAAAUAAAAUUUCAAUGAGUGCAUUUUUUUUUAUUUACUUGCAAUUAUGUUAUUAUUUGCGAGCGAUGUUUUAUUUCUGAAUUUAUCACGUGAUGCACAAUCAUGAAAAGUAUUUUAAAUAUAUAUGAUAUCAAUCUUUCGAGGCAAGAACUUUCAUUUAUGUUCUCAGAACAUGUAAAGAAUCAUCUUUCUGAUAAAUGAAAAACAUAUCAGCAUUAAUAAGGAACAAACUUUUUAAACUGAAAAAAGAAUUCAGCAUUGAAAAUAAAAAUUAAGAGAGAACAUUAAAAUAUUUAAUAGCGUUAUUUGUCAAACAAUUGUUUCAAUCCUUUUAGAAAAUUUUCGAUAGAGAAGCUGUUACUUUACUUUUAGGCUAUGUAUUAUAUAUUAAAAAGGAUUUAUCAGAAAGUUUUCAUUUCAGCAGAGGGAAAGCAUUUGAUUUAAAUGUUGUUUAUAUCUUAACGAAUUCAUGUUCAUUAUUUUUUUCAUUUUAUGUUUAUUAUUCAGCAGUGGAGUGUUUCUUGCCGUUUGAAUUUUAUGAAUAAAGUUAGCUUCUUAUUUUUA